AUGUGGAGCGGUGCGGUCCAAGCAGCACCAGAUGGUGAAGUAGCAGUGCGUCGGGGAGCAAAUUGCACGCACACGACACCAGAAUAACCACAGAAGAUCGGUGCGUAAAAGCAGUGAAGACAUGGGCUCCGGCGAGAGCAAGAUAUCUGUGUCGACUCCCAAAGCGAAGCCCGGUACUGUCGGUGAACGAGUCCGGCGGCACGGACGGCUCGCUCGCCUCGUGGAUCCUCGAUCUCCCUCCGUGGGCAUCGAUCGGACUCCGAUCCAGGUGGGACCUUCCGCUCAAGCCCCUGUAGAAGCGGAAUAUGAGUGUCCGGUGUCUACGAGUGACCCCCGGUCACCUUCACCCGGCAUCAUCCGGACGCCAAUGAAAGAUGUCAUGAGAGCCACCGUGAGCUCUUUUGCCCGACGUCUUAGCAUGCUCUUCCUCAGUGAUGGAGCGGAAAGAAUGAACAACCUCCCCCCCGUCACCUACAGCAAAAUCCCAAACCUCCGCAGCGAUGCGAGAGGAGAGACGGAUUUGUCCGAGCCUCUCCUCCCCCUCCGGCCGGACCCGAACUCUGCCCUCGACCCCAUUUCCCCUCCUGACGUGGACGCUGCUCAUUCGGGGUGUCUGUCCAAAGCGGAGCAGGUGGAAGUGGACAUGGAAGUGGGUGUAGAGGCCUACCAUUUCCUAGAGGAAGAGUUAGAUGAUGACUUGCCUCUAAACGUGGGGCUGAGUUCUAGUCUCCUCACCUGCCAUAAGGGGGUCGUUUUGUCCCAGGCUCUUUCAGAUGAUGCUCCUCUGUCCAUCUCUCCCCCCCACAAUGCCGACACCCACGGCAAUUUUAUUACAGAGGCUUCUCCUGCAAUCGUGCCUGAACCCUCCGAACCUUCGCGUUCGGACCGCUCGGCCUCUCCGGUGCCGGUUCCUAGUUCAUCGGUAAAAUCCACCCGUGCCGAAGCGGAGCCCUUUGCCCAGCCGGACGCAAAGCCCGAAGAAAUGCCCGUAAAGGCGAUCCCUGACCCCUCCGCCAGUCAGAACAAGCCACUGAGAAAUCGGUGUGGGUCAGAGCAGAACGGGAUAAGGCUCCCUACUUUUGAUAGCAGGAGUCCCAGCCAGGCUGUGUUCAAGCCCCAGUGGUUGGGUGUGGGCUUUGGGGUGACUGGAGUCAGGGCAAGGGGGGUCCAAGGCCGAGGGAAAGGGGCAUCGUCCCCCCUCUCUGUUCGUGGCGGCCAGAAUGCGGGGAACGAAAACAAGGGACAGAUGGUGAAACAGAAACCAAGAGAGAGGUGUGGUAAGGCCCUGGCCAGCGACUGCCGCUCCCCUCUGCAGAUCCUCAAAGAGACCAACUCCCCCCGGGACCUUGGCUCACAGGUGAUGAAGCUGAAGGUGUCCACUCCGGACAGGCUGUGGGCCGCUCAGGCCGACAGGCGGACCCUGUCUCUGGACAAAGAAAACCAGUGAUGCCCAGUGGACGCACACCUGGCAAAUUCCUUCCUCCAAGCGGAGCGAAAGAGCUUCCAAACACUGCGUUUGAUUAUGUACAGUCAAAGCUGAUCACACUAAUCUUAUUUUUUUUUUCCCCUCCCUCUUUCUUCUUUACCUUGUUUCUCUGCAAAUUUUACCGUCUUUCCUGCCCUUCCUUUUUACUUUGUGUAAAUAAAAUCUCUACAGCUGAAGUUUUGUCCGUUUACCA